AUGUCCAACGACCAGUCCCUUUCGGAGCGUAUCGAGUUCCCUACUAUUCCUCUUGAGGCGCAGACCAAGAUUGCCCAGCUGCAGGAUCAGUUUGUUCGCGCAGAGGUCGAGCAGCUGCGCGCGUCAGUCCCUCUUCUGGCCCCGCUCUUCAAGCAGCGCGAUGAGAUCAUUAACCACCCUGAGGUGAAGCCUGACUUCUGGGUCCGCGUGUUCUCCACUGCCCCUGCCGAGAUUGAUGAGUACAUUCUGCCCACCGAUGCCACCGUGCUCGGUCAGACCCUGAAGGACAUGAAAGUCGAGCGAUUCGAGGUGAACGAGAAGGGACAGGGCGAGCCCCGCAGCUUGCGCUUCACCUUCACCUUCAGCACCGGCGAGGAGAACCCCUUCUUCGAGAACUCUGAGCUCGUCAAGGAGUUCUACUGGCGCAAGCAGAUCACCCGCAGUGCUAGCGGCAAGCGCCGCACCUGGGAGGGUCUGGUUUCCGAGCCUGUCCGUAUCAACUGGAAGAAGGACAUGGAUGUCACCAAGGGUUUGCUCAAUGCUGCCUGUGACCUCUUCGAUGCCGAGAAGAAGAAGGGUGGCGAGCGCUCCAAGCUUCCCGAGUUCGAGGCUCUUGUCAACAAGCUGAGCGAGCUUGAGGCUGAGGCCAUGAAGGGUCAGAUGGGUGAUGAUGAUGACGAGGAUGAGGAUGAGGAUGAUGAUUCCUCCAGCCCCGCUGGUAUCAGCUUCUUCAACUGGUUCGGUUACCGUGGCCGUGAUGUCACCGCUGAGCAGUCCAAGGAAGCCGACAAGGAGGACGAGGAGCGCUGGGUCAAGAUCUCCAACGGCGAGAAGCUUGAUGAUGAGGAUGAGGAGGAUGAUGAUGACGAGGAGCUCGAUGACGACUUUGAUGAGUGCGAGGCCUUCCCCGAUGGUGAGGAGCUCGCCAUCUCCAUUGCCGAGGACCUCUGGACCGACGCCAUGAAGUACUACGUUCAAUCAUUCGAGAUUGGCGGCGACCUUGAUGACCUUGACAUGGAGGAGCUUGAGGCCGACAUGAUGGAACACGAUCACGAUCACGACGAGGAGUGCGAUCACUCCCACCCCCGCAAGAAGGUUCGCACUUAA